ACCCGGUUCGAGCAUGUAACCUACAUAAGAGCUCCCUUGGGACAAGGGAAAUAACCACUGUCUGCAUAUGCGUGUGUGUGUUGCUAGCCAGUGUAAACAAAAUGGCGUGGAGCUGCCGAGAAUAGUUCAGCCUUUUUAACACCAAAUCUUUUCCUUUAUACUGUAUGUAUAAGAGACAUGUUAUUUUUCCAAUGACUACGCGUUGAUAAAUCCAGCUUCAUGCAACCACGCUUAACUAGUCUGGGCCAGGCAUUGACAGCGACGGAGUUGGUAGUAGUAACGGAAUCUGAGCACUUACUGAUUUCACUUUGCAUCGUGUUGUGUGUGUUACGUGGUGAGAACGCCGUACCAUAUCCGGAUUAAAGAAUGCCAAGCAGACAUGGAUACUGAUGGUAGUAGUAUGGACAGGUACGCGCUGACCGCUGAGAGAUAUCUGGCUGAACAUAAUAUUCUGGUUUAUCUGGAAGAUAGUGUUGCGCAACUUUUAGAGCACAGAGAGGAAAACCCUAAGGUCAAUGCCCAAAAGUACCUCACAGAAUAUUUUUCAGCUCUACGAGAUGGAAACCACACAAUGUUCAGAGAGUAUUCCUUUGUCAGGGCCACAUCUCACAACAGAGCCUCCUUUGUGCACCUUUUCUGGAGCAGUUUUAAACAGAUAGGAGAGCGUGGAGACUUGCUGAGCAUCAAGGAGUACCAUUCCCUGGUACAGUUGCUUUGUCCUGAUUUUCCCUUUGAUGUUCUUCAGAAAACUGCCAGAAUAGUUCUCAUGGAUGAUGCCCUGGACUGUUUGAUUGGAUUUUCUGACUUCUUAUAUGCCUUCCAAGCACAGUUUUACUAUGAAGAAUUUUUAAACAAAGCAACAGAGAUCUACAAGUCAUUACAGCAGUCACAGAGCAGCCCGCGAGAGACGGUGGUUGUGCCAUCCUCAACUGAUGACCAGCCCAAUGUGAAGAGGAAGAGUCCGCCUCAGAGCCAGGACAGCGUAGAUAGCAGCCUGUUCUUUAGGAUGCUCUACCAGACCUGUGACAGGGCAGAAUUCAGUGUCCCCUCAGUGGAUGUUCUGAAGGAACUGUUGGACAUGCCCCAAGUCACCUAUUAUAGUUUCCUUAUGUUUGUAGCUAAGAGCCAGAGAAUCAAUGAAGCCAUUGGGCGCUUACCAAAGAAAGAUGAACUAUUUGAGGGGCUUAAUCGGGAAAGCUCUACUUCCAGUAUUCAUCUGAACUCUUCCAAAGGGAACCUUGUGGAGCCUUCUGCUGACACUACUGAGCCGCAGCAGCAGAAGAGACCUAAUGGCAGUGUCAUUAAAACAGGGAAGGGUGUGAUUUCUACACUACAUAGACUCAGGUCUGCAGGCCGUAGGGAGAUUACCAUUCACAGCCCAGGUAGGAGCAGUUGUUCAGAGAGAACAUCUGAUGACAGUGAUGGAUCUACUACAGACUGAAGUUCACCCUGCCCUUGCUCACUGGGAGGAUGAGAUCUCCUACAGUCUAAGAAAACAAUCCUCCCCUCUUUCACUAGGAGGAUGGAAUCUCAUACAGCGUUCACUCACUAUGAGGAUAGGAUCAACAAUAAACUGAGGGAACUCACGGAGUACAGUAUCUAGCGUACUGGAGGUUCCAUCUUUCAUUUACUCGGAGUAGGAUUGUUGGCACAAAUCGAAAUAAUGGCCUUCCACUGGAGAUUACUGUUGAUUUAAUACGAAAUCACACUUCUCAUCGUGAAUUUCCAUCAGAAUAAUAGGACUGACAUGUGAACACAAGUCUGUCCGAUAACCAGCAACUUUCGCUCUUAUGCAUGACUUUGCCUUACAUGCCAGAAAUUACUGCAAUAACAAAUCUUAACAAAGGCUUAAUAAAUUUACAAAUGUCGUGAGUAAAACAUUUGUACAAGGCCAGAAAACAGCUACGUGUAAGAACAAGAAAACUUUUACAAUGGGUUAUUGUUUUUUAUUUACAUUUUUCAUGAUUUUGAGGCAAUAAUGUACAUGCAGCUUGUAUAAUCUUACAUUUCAAGGCUUGUUAAUAUUUUCUUCUGACUUGUACACACAAGUACAAGAUGUACAAUGUAUUAAAAUUUUACAUGACAUGUACAUGUCUCUACAUGUAGCUCAUAAAAGAUCAAAAAGGGAGUAAAAUAAUUGUCUAUCCUGAAGCAAAAACAGAAAAAAUUGCCACAUGGAAACAAUUCUGCAUAAUUUGAUCUGAUGCAGUAUGUGUACUGAUUAAAAACUUAUUACUGAAUGUUAUUACUGUCUUUAUGGUUCUAUAAUGUUGAAAGAGGAACAAAUGUAUUUUUUAUCCAAAUCAAGUCAAUCAUGAUCAGUUUUGGACUGGAAAGCAUACGGAUUACCCAUGAUUCUCUCAUUCAUUCUGCUUAAAGUCACCCAUGCAUUACAGCUGCCCUAAUCUCAAGUACAUGUAUUACUUUGUAAAAUAAUGAUUUCACACUUCCCUCAUUAAGUAAUGAUGUCACAGUCACCUAGACAUGUUUGACUGAUUUACAGCCUUGAACCAGAGGUAACAAAGACUGUUUUAAUCUCCUGUCAGUUAUUAGCCAGCUGAAGUUGUAAGAAGGUACUUUUACAUACAUGUAUAUUACAAGAACCACAAUCUGUCUAAGACAAAAUGAGCCAGCUGGGAAUAGUAUUUUGUGUUAACUGGUGCUAAAAUAAGAGUUAUUUUAGUACCAUAUGUUGAGAAUUAUUUACUAAUGUCUAGCAAGCUUCAGGCAUUUGGGUACAUAUACAGUGUAAUAAUGGCAGGAACUGUUCUUUGUUAGCAGUGGAUUCACUCGCAUCCAAGUGCUUACACAGUACAGUCACCAACAGAAGCGAUACAUGAAGUGCUAAAUACUGCAGUUUUACUUUCCAGAAAUAGAAAAAUUGACUGGCUUGUCCUGUACACUUGAUAAAGAGUUGGAUAUACAAAGUACAUGUAUAUUUCAAAAUUGCUCCUCUUAAACUGAGUUUUCAGAAAAUUAGGAAAAUGGACAUCUGUAUGGGUUUAGCAUGUGCAACAGAAUGUACAAGCAUAUGUACAUAGAGCAUUCACAUUGGCAUACAACAUAUCUAUAUACAUUUUGGAUGCACCGUGCCAUGUUUUAACGGUCUAUUGCAAAUCUCUCUGAUCGGAGUAGACUGUGGAAGUUGGAAUCAGCAGUUCAAUGUGUAAACAUUGAACUGUAGAACACUGCUGAAAUUCACACUGUAUGAUCUAUGGUACUGAUCUGGCAGUUCGUUAGGCCUUUCAAACACAAGCAUUUUCUACACAGCUGCGAAAUGUUGCUAACAUUAUUGAAUUGUUGAAAUCUCAUAAUUUUUACUUGACCCUCAAACCUGAAUUCUGACUUUCACUUUUGAAAAAUGAGGUCAGUCUGCUGCUUUUGUCUGUUUUCACUGGAAAUCUUGUCCACACCAGAAUUCUAUUUACACUGGAAGUCUUAUUUCAUCUAUCAUCACAGAUAAUCAG